CCCGCCGUAUCCAGACACCCAGCAGCAGCUAUGGCUCGUUUUCCCGUCGCCUCGGGCCACCGAUCGCAGCGGUGCCGCCGGAGCCCCUAACCAGCCGCCCCGGGCCCUUCCUGGAGUUACAAACUAUCUUCCGAGUGCAGCGGCCGCGACUGCCCGGCGUCCCUCUCCCUCUGCUGCCAUCCGAGCCCUCCGGGGAGAGAGAAAGAGGCAGCAAAAGCGAGCGCAAGAGGGAGAGAGUGCGAGCGAGCGAGCGAGCGAGCGAGGGAGAGAUUGCCUUCAACGGCGCGGUGUCUUCUUUUUAAUAAAACCCACCUUCCCCCUCCCCCCUCCCCCACCUGCCCCUUCCCGUGUGUCUGUGAGUGCGUGGGUGAGUGGGUGUGAGUGCGUGUGCCUGGAGAAGUGCAGGUUGCCAAACUGGUGCAGCACAAGUUCCUACCCGAACGGCGGGGCCCAGACCAUGUCGCUGACCAACACAAAGACGGGCUUUUCGGUCAAGGAUAUCUUGGAUCUCCCGGACACCAACGACGAGGAGGGGUCGGCGGCCGAGGGGGCGGAGGAGGAGAACGAAGGGUCGGAGCCCCCCAGGAGACCCGGCGGGCUAGGGCCCGGCGCCCUGGAGGCCAUACAGACUCUGCCCCUGAAAGCCCCCUUCUACGACCACAGCGACAACCCCUACACGCGCUGGCUGGCCAGCACCGAGAGCAUCCAGUACUCUUUGCACGGUCUGGCGGCCGGGGCGCCCCCGCAGGACGCGGCCCCCAAAUCCCCGGAGCCGUCGGCGGACGAGUCGCCGGACAACGAGAAGGAGGCUCCGGGAGGCGGAGGAGACGCGGCCAAGAAGCGCAAGCGGCGGGUCCUGUUCUCCAAGGCGCAGACCUACGAGCUGGAGCGGCGCUUCCGACAGCAGCGGUACCUGUCGGCGCCCGAGCGCGAACACCUGGCCAGCCUCAUCCGCCUGACGCCCACCCAGGUGAAGAUCUGGUUCCAGAACCACCGCUACAAGAUGAAGCGGGCGCGGGCCGAGAAGGGCAUGGAGGUGACGCCCCUGCCCUCUCCCCGCCGGGUGGCCGUGCCCGUGCUGGUCAGGGACGGCAAGCCGUGCCAUGCGCUCAAAGCUCAGGACCUGGCGGCCGCCGCCUUCCCCGCCGGCCUGCCCUUCCCCGCCUAUAGCGCGCAGUCGCUCCCCCACAUGCAGUACAAUGCGCAGUACGGCUCGGCCGCCGGUGGCCCGCAGUACCCCACGGGGCAUCCCCUGGUGCCAGCCCAGCAGUGGACUUGGUGA